AUGUCAGGGAAGUUGAAGAAAUCCACUGGUGAACUGGGCAGGACACAAAGACAGAAGUCAGACAGCCAGCACCCAAAAUCACAUUCCAACUCUAGGUCAAGAAGAGUUGAACUUGAUGGCACAACUCAGACUGACAAUGCCACUGUCCAGAGGUCGUCUGUUGAGAAUACGGAAACAAAAAACGCAACAGAACUGAUAGAGUUUGUUCUCACAGGACUUACGCAUCAACCAGCUUGGCAAAUCCCCUUGUUCCUGCUGUUCCUCACAAUGUACCUCAUCACCAUUGUGGGAAACCUUGGUCUGAUUGCUCUCAUCUGCAAUGACCCUCACCUGCACAUUCCCAUGUAUUUCUUCCUUGGGAACUUGGCCUUUGUGGAUACUUGGUUAUCCUCCACAGUGACCCCCAAGAUGCUGGUCAACUUCUUUGCCAAGAGCAAAAUGAUCUCUCUCUCUGAAUGUAAGAUACAAUUUUUUUCCCUUACAAUCUGUGUAACCACAGAAUGCUUUCUGUUGGCAACAAUGGCAUAUGACCGCUAUGUGGCCAUAUGCAAACCAUUACUUUAUCCAGUGAUCAUGACCAAAAGACUAUGUAUCCAGCUAUUAGUUUUAUCAUUCUUAGGUAGCCUUUUUCAUGCCAUACUUCACAAUGCUUUUUUACUCAGAUUAACCUUCUGCAAUUCCAUCAUAAUACAUCACUUUUAUUGUGACAUUAUACCACUGUUUAAGAUUUCCUGUACUGAUCCUUCCAUUAACUUUAUGAUGGUAUUUAUUUUCGCUGGGUCAAUACAGGCAUUCACCAUUUCCAUUGUUCUUGUCUCUUAUGCACUAGUUCUCUGUACAAUUUUUAAAAAGAAGUCUGUACAAGGUAUUCGGAAGGCCUUCUCCACCUGUGGGGCCCACCUCCUGUCUGUCUCUUUAUACUAUGGGCCUCUUCUCUUCAUGUAUGUGCUCCCUGGAUCUGUACAAGAAAAUGAUCAAGAUAUGAUGGACUCUCUAUUUUACACUGUCAUAAUUCCUUUCUUAAAUCCAAUUAUCUACAGCCUGAGAAAUAAGAAUGUCAUAGAUUCACUGACAAAAAUGUUAAAGAGAAAUGUUUAG